UCAAGGUAAAUGCAAUUGAAAAGUGCUCCCCACUAACAAAACCGCAUCGUCUUCUUCCCAGUUUCCUUCCAACUGCGUCGAUUUCUCAGAAUACUCUCUCAGCGACCAGCCCAGAAAACCAAGAAAUUUAAAUUCCCAGUGGAAGAACGACGGUCUUAACCCAUCAGUUUCUCUUGCCCGUCGGCUCCAAUCACAAAAUUUGAGAAGAAAAAGCGGCAAAUUUCUGGUUUAUGAUCGAGAACUGAAGGAAUCUGAGAAAGAUCAAUCGUAUUCAUGUACAGAAAUUUCAUGGAUUCCCAGCGAAAGGUUUGAAAUUCUCACUUUUCAUGGAAUUCAAUUUCCGUUCGGUGAUCUCUGGUCGAAUAAUAUGAAUGUUUUGCUGAUUAGGGGUUUCCCAUUUGCACUGUGAUUGGAUGGGUUACUAGGGUUAGGGUUUUCGAGCUCUUAUUAUCAUAUUUUUUCAAUUAUAUGAAAUAAAAAUUUGAGGAUUUUUAGCUGUGAAUCUCAAAAUGCAUUCUGGGAAGCAUGAAAAUUUCAAUAAAAAAUCUCCAGCUUCUAGAUUACAUGCCCCCCACCGAUUUGAAUUGGGUCCUGACCCGUUUAGUAAUAGUGGUAGGAGGAGUAAUAUGCGACUCGAGGCGGCUGAUCAGUCUAUUGGGAGGAAUUUGAGCCCUCGGGGAUUGCCAGGGGAUGUGGGUUUGAGUCAAAGGACUGAUUCUGUUGAAAGGAGGGACUAUGGUUGGCAUUUGGGUCGUGGAAGGACUGAUCGGGUGAGGCGGAGGUCAAGAUCCAGGUCACCACUGCAGCCUUUUGGUGACAUGCGGAAAAGGCCACAUUUUGAUGAGGGAGUCGGGGUUUUGCCUAGGAAUUAUUCGCCACCUCUACUUGCACCUGUUCCUUUGGAGUUGCAACACAGACCUGGAUUGGCUGAGCCUGCAAUAUAUAGUGUGAAUGACGAUUCAAAUAGUAGACGAGUUUACGGGUCUGAGAAUAAUGACUCUAGAAUCAGUAAUGAGGAAUUGAAUGGAAGCAGAUUGUCAGUUGGUGGUACACAUGAGGCAUUGAGUAAAAAAUCAAUGCAUGUGGAAGAUGGUGCGGUAAGAGGAUCAGAACCCGCACUUAUCCAAGAUAACACUGUACUAGGAACAUAUUGGCCACCUCCGGACCUGCAUCCUGUGACAACCCCUGCAGAAGGCAGUGAACACCUACCAUCAUCAUCACGGACUAUGAAUGUACGCCACUUUCAGCAAGAAAGGCCUCAGUACAUGGAUCCUGUUGCUUUGGAUAGAUUACCAGUGACAGAAUCCUACAAAGGAGAGAAACACAUUUUUCCUUCAAGGGAUGGUUUGUACCCAAUGAUGUCAAGUGCUCUUAAUACGGAUUUUCAUGCUAGAACCUCCACAGACAUAAGGAGUGACUUUCAAGAUUCCUACCGAGGUGGCCAUCACUUACCUUCUAUGGAUGAGUUUUCAAGUAGCAGCCGGAAGUUUAUAGAGUCCUCGAGCAUUAAUGCAUAUAGGCAAAGGCCACCGGCAGAUUAUUCUAGAGAUCCUGAUUCUGGCAAGAGGAGUCUGGCAAUUUACCAGAGUUAUAGUCCUACUAGAGGUGAGCAUGAUGAUUAUUAUUUUCCCAAAUCAAGGGGAAUGCCAGUUGAUGAUCGCGGAUAUCCAUCUGAUGACUUACAUAAAAUGAUGCCUCCACGACCUCAACUUGACUAUGAUCAUACUCGAAUGGUUUAUGAGCAUCAAAAUUUGUCAAGACCUAGUAUUAUGAACCCUGUUAUGGAUAGAAUGGAUGAUACUGAGGGAUUUUCUGGAAAUUCAAGAAGGGGCAUUAUGAUGAAUAAUCCUACUUUGCAAAGGCAAUCUUUAAUAGACUACCCUGAUUCAAGAAGAGUAUCAGAGACAUCAAAGCACGGUGCAGAAUAUUUGGGUUCAGGACGCACACAUGUCAAUUUAGGAAGGAGAAAUCCACAAGAUUAUGAACUAUCCCAUUUCAGGGCAUCCCAAGAUUUUCAGGUCGCACAUCCAAAAGAAGAUUAUGGUUUUGAAAGAGAUGUGAAUAUGAAGUAUCAGGAAAGGCUGUCUCCUGUAUCAAAAUAUGAGUCAGAAAUGCGUGGACAUCCUGCUGGAAUGCAGAUUAUGAGAGAGGAGCUUGGAAUAUAUGAACCAUCAGAUAGGAUGCUCAAAAGAAACUAUGCUACUGAAGAACAUAUGAGUACACAUAAUCCUAGAACUAUUAUGUCUAGUAAGUGGACAUCUAGUGAAUUCCAAGAUUUAUAUGAUAGUGGUGAAGAGUGGAAUGAUGGAGAUGUAGGCAGUUUCUGUACAUCUGCAUCAGCUGGAUUUGAUCAUGAUAGAUACAGUAAGGCUAAGAGGGUAUUUGUUGGGCGCCGUCAUGAUGAAUAUGAAUAUGAUGAUUGGUUGCCAUCUCAACACUCUUUUGAAAAUGCGCAAAGGCAUUCAGUCAGAUUCUAUAAACAAGGUGAUCGAUAUAUCAAGGGUCAUCAAAAGUCUGGUCCAUUAAGUAGGCAUAAGCCGCGCCACACUGAUAUAAAAAGUGGUGUUCACAAACAGCACCGAGUUUGGAAAAGACAUGAUAGUUAUUUAGAAGAUGUCCAUGCAAGUGAUGGUACUGAUGUUGAUUUAUCAGAAAAUGGGCUGAGCUCUGCAGGUCCUGAGCCAUCCGAGGACUCUGAGGAGUUUAUGCAAAUGGUAAAUGAAGCCUUUUUAACAUUUUCUAAAAAGCUAAAUAUGAACUCGGCUGUUCGGAGAAGAUACAAGGAACAAGGAAAGGCUGGAACUUUGUUCUGCAUCGUAUGUGGCCGAAGCUUGUCGAAGGAGUUCAUGGACACUCAGCGCCUGGUAACACAUGCAUAUAUGUCUCACAAAGUUGGGCUGAGGGCACAGCACUUGGGUCUUCUAAAAGCAGUUUGUGUUCUGUUGGGAUGGAGUACCAUUGUCCCCCCUGACACGGUCACUUGGGUUCCCCAGGUCCUGCCCAAGGCAGAAGCUUUGGCUCAGAAGGAAGAUUUGAUUCUCUGGCCUCCUGUAAUUGUUGUCCACAAUAUUUCUAUGUCCGACAACAAUCCUGAAUGUUGGAAGGUUGUAUCCAUGGAGGCGCUCGAGGCUUUUCUAAGAAGUAACGGUUUAAUCAAGGGAAGAAUCAAGAUUUGCCUGGGCAAGCCUGCUGACCAAAGUGUUUUGGUGGUGAAGUUCUUGGGAACGUUUACUGGGCUUGGGGACGCGGAGAGGAUUCAGAAGCAUUUUGCAGAGCAUAAGCGUGGCAGAGUAGAUUUUGAGCGAGCAACAUCCUCGAAUGGCAAAAUUGUGGAAGCAGCAAUGCAGGGAGACAACCCGGAGGAGCGAUUUCUAUAUGGGUAUAUGGGCAUCGUAGAGGACUUGGAUAAAGUGGAUUUCCAUACCAGGAGCUGGACUGUGAUAAAGAGCAAGAAGGAGAUUCAGGACCUGGCCAAUGCUCCCGUCAAACCUGGUGAGAGGUAGUUCAUUGCUGUGCACAAAUACUGAUUUAAGAAUCAUUCUUUAGGUUUACCCUUGUAGAACAUAAAGAGAACGUAAAAGAAAAUGUAUCGUGUAAAGAACUCCAAGUCAGCUAUGGCUCGUGUUAUUAGUGCAAUACUGUAUUCUGAACUCCUGGAAUGCCGAAUAGUUUGCUUGUAAUUCAUUAUGUAAACAUACUAAUGUACCGUGUAUGUGUCAAUUUCGUAGUCAUGUUUGUGAGGCGGUUUCAAAGAUCGUAAUCCAACUCACAAUGAGUGUGUCACCAUGUGAACUUUUUGAUGAUCCGAGAAGAUCGACAUUUUGUUAAAUUUAAAUUCUCGGUGUCGGUGUUA